AUGGCUCGGUCAUCAUCAGCACGUCAGAACUUGGCAUGGGCCUUCAUUUUCUUGCUCGCUAUGCAAGACGUGCGUGCGGUGCGAGACAGCUACCUAGCAGCAGAGCUGGCAUCCCUGUCAUCGCUCUCUGCAGAGGCCAAGCAAGAGUAUGAGGACAAGAAGGCGGCAGUGAUGGCCAGCGGCGCCUUCUCCAUCACCACCAUGUGGGCCAAAGCGGACCUUGUUCCUCCGCACAGCUCAGAGGCGUACUACUUUGACAGCAAGGGCAAGAUGCAGACGGUUGGGGAUUCCGGCAUCACCAAGUCGACUCCCGUGCCCGCCGAGCCGCUGAUGAUGAAGAUUGCGGGUGAGCCCGACAAGGCUUUCAAGAAAGCCAACCGCGAUCUCAUGCUGGCAGUGGACGCCAUGCUGGGCCAAAGCUCUUGCAUGAACAGCCCCAGCAAGUGCGCCUUCCGGUGCAUGUACGACUCGGAGAAGGACCGGUGCGGGCCUACGGGUUUCUGCCAGAAGCUGGACGCCACGGAUGGUCCCAGCGUCCUGGCGCCUUUCGGGCAGCAGCAGAAGUGCAAGGCGGUGGGCGCGGACUCGCACGAGGCGGCGGACGGGGUGCUGACGUUGCAGGUGGAGGCCAUGAAGACCAAGGCCUUGGACCUGUCCAAGCAGCUGGAGGAGAGCCCCGAGGAGGCGACACAUCUCAUGAAUGUCUUGGAGACGAUGCCGGCGCGGUUAGGCCCAGACACAGGCAAGUUCCCCGCCGCCGGGGCUCGGGCGAGCGAGCCGGACUUCAAGACCUGGAAGCAUGGCGCCCAUCCCCUGACGCCGGCCCAAUACCAGGAGGCGCACAGUCAGAAUGCCUUGCAAGAGCUUGUGAGCCUGGACAGCUCCUUAGAACUUCCAACGGGCCUCAGAUCGUUGCCAGGCCAGAAUUUGGAUCCAGCCAAUGCAUCCAGUCACAUGUGGCGCAAGCUUCGGCGGCGCUUCAGAGCGCCUCGCGCUCGGAGCUACUCCCCCAGCUGCAGCCUGCCUGCGCGGGAUGCAGGCAUCAGCGAGUUCUUGACGGACUCCCCAGGCUUCUCAGCCACCAUCAAGCAGACCCCCUACGACUUUCAGGUGCACGAGCUGGACCAAGAGGGGCAGGAGCUCCACCUCACCUCGGAAGGCUUCCAGGGCCAGGAGCCCAUGGGCGAGACCUGGGACCUGCGCUUUCGGCUCUACAAGGAAGGCCUCGACACCUUCGGCGCCCUGGCGGUGCUGGGGCGGUGCCUGCGGCGCCGGUGCCGCUUCGCGGGCACCAAGGACCGAACUGCGGUCACGGUGCAGCAGCUGAGCUGCGGUCAGCUGGCGCCAGCUGAGCUCUUGCACUGCUUGGAGCAUCCGGAAUGGGACAGCCGCCUGAGCGUGUCGAACCUGGAGGUCAAGCCACGCCCCCUGAACCUGGGCGACUUGUCUGGCAACCGCUUCAACGUCGUGAUGCGUGGCAUUUCGGACGAGGAGCUCUCCUCGGAGUCCUUGCGGCGAAGCUGCGCGGCCUUGGAGCGCCGGGGCUUUCUCAACUACUUCGGCACCCAGAGGUUUGGCUCUCAGAUGAUCCGGUCCUACCACGUGGGCGCCGCCAUCCUGGCGCAGGACCUACCACGAGCGCUGCGCCUGCAGCUGGGUGAUAGCGUGCUGGCUGAUCUCCAGAAGCCGGCAGUGGAGGAGGCCCAACGGCUCGCACUGAAGUCGCUGGACACCAACAACACAACACUGGCGGAGGAGGCCCUGAUCCUGAUGCCCAAGCGCCACGCAGUAGAGCGAGGCUUGUUAAAGAGCCUCGCGGCGGGGUCUUCGGCGGAAGAGGCCCUGUUGCGUCUGCCGCGGCAGCUGCUGAUGCUGUAUGUGAAGUCGGCACAGAGCCUCAUCUUCAACCAGGUCCUUUCCCAGGUGGCCAGUUCUCGAGCGCUGGAUCUAGAAGACACAGAGGCAGUGCUGCCUCUGCCUGGCAGCGAAGUGACGUAUCCGCCGCAGCUGCGGGAGAUGUACGAGGACGCGUCGCAGGAGUCGUUGGGCAUUCCGCUGGAGGCCUUUCACGCCAGGUUGCCUCUCCGUCUCUCCCUCCCAGGGGUUUACCGCCCAGCCGUGGCGGGCGCCUCGAGGAUCGAGAGGGUUCUGCUGGUCUUUGGCUUUUGGAUGGCGAGUGCUCACCCCCAGGUGCUUGAACUGAUCCAAGAGAGGCAGGUGGAUGAGGAGGACGACGACUGGGAUCCGCCCGUCAAGCCUGGCCUCGUGCUGCGACCACACCUGCUGCAGUGGACCAGCAAGCCCUCGGAGGAUGUCGCCGAGAACUUUGACAACGAUCCUUUGCAUGACCCAGAGGCCGACGACCAGGACGAAAGAUGGGUUGCGGAGCAGCUGUUGCAGCCGGACAAGAAGAAUGUCCGAAGUACAGAUGCAGUCCUCAACUGCCCUGGCUGCUUCACUCCAGUUUGUUACCAGUGCCAGCAGCACGCCGUCUACCAGCGCCAGUGGUGCGCCACGGAGGUUCGGAACUGCGCAGUGGACCGAAGUAAGGCCUUUGCCAUGGCGAAGGAUGACCCUGCCAAGUACCACGCCGUCCGCUGUGAGACCUGCAACGCAGACGUGGGGCUCUUGGACAUGGAGGGCGUCUACCACUUGUUCCACGUGCUCGAGAGCUUGGACGCUUGCCUAGACGAGGCUGCCGCGAUGGGCAAAACCAAAAAGAGUUGCAGGGGCGGCCACAAAGACCCGAGCGGCGGACAAAAAAGGUUGUCCAACUUCAAUGUGCCAAGUCUCACUUCCUCAGUGGACUUGAACCUGAAGGUCCGCCCAACAGACGUCUCCUGGCGCAAGCUGCCGGGUGCGGCCGCGGCAUCCUUGGCGCGGCGCCAGCGGGGCCGGCUGCUGCUCACGGACCGGGACCGACUGGAAGGCGCGGAGGAGUUGGACCCGGGCGACUUGGCGCCGGGGGUCUUAGGGCUGAGGCGCGAGGACGGAUCGGCUGGGGGCUCGCUCAUCAUGUCUUGUGUGCUGCCGCCCUCGGCUUACUUCACCAUGGCCUUCCGGGAGUUGACGCGGCAAGAGCCAACCUGGGAGCGGAGCGGUCACCCCUUCGCUGAGCUGACCUGUUGGGCCAUGCGGAUCGGGCACCAGGUCGACUCUGGCUUUGCGGAUCUCUCGCCGCAGGAGUUUACUGCUCUGCAGAUCCAACUUGCACAGGCUGAAGUCAUCGCGCUCGCCGACGUUCGAUCGCCGGCCCGCGCAGAGCGAGCCAUGUCCACGCUCUCGCCGCGCAGGGAUUUCGAUGAUGAGGUGGAUGAUGUGACGGUGGGCCUUAUGGUGCAGCAGUUCCUGGACGAAUGGCACUUCCGGGUGCUGCACAGUGGCCUGGCGUAUGCCUGGGACCGACCUGAGGCGCUGGUCAAAGCCAUGGACAUCUUCGAGGCUGCUGGCAUGCGCAUCACCGCGGAAGAGAAGGAGCAGUUGGCCCAGCUGAACGAAGAUUGGAUGAUCGAGGGCCUCGUGGAGCGAAUGCCGGGCGCCAUGAAGAAGACCAUCGAGCACUUUCUUCUUCAGCUGCAGCUGGUCCUUUCCACUGCGACCCGCGUGCGGAACGCACUUGAGGAGGGCUCCCCAGAUGAAGUCGCGAAGAUCAUGGAGGACGGGGACACGGGCAUCACCCAGCAGGUCCUCAAGGAGAUUGUGGCCGAAGCCGGCCGCGAGGUGGGCGAGGUGCAGGGCGUCCAUCACAGCUGGGACACCUCGAUGGCCGGUCGCAUCGCCCGCCUCAUCCGCUGCUCCGAAGAUGCGGACAACGCCGCCCUGGAGCUGGAGCAAGUGCGGAAGUCCAUCGAGAGCUUUAAGGGCCUGCAGAACGCCAAGUCUCAGAAGGUCCUAACCACCAUGGCGGACAACGAGAAGCGCGCCCUGCAGAGCUCCAUGUUCUUCGCGUGGCAGUCUUCACACCUCAAGGGUAAGACCGAGCAGCGCCUGAACCAGAAGUAUAGCACGGAGAUCGAGUUCUUGGAGACCAAGCUCCUCACCUGCAAGGCGCUGCAGCUGGGCUCCGUGCGCAGCGUUAUGAAUCGCAAGAGCGCCGCGGAGCAGGAAGCUUUGCUCACGGACACGCUGGGGGCUUGGAAGCGGUUCCUGCAAUUCGAGAAGGAGUCCAGGGAAACUGAGGCCAAGCUGCACGCGGCCCAUAGCAGGUUCUCGCAGGCCAAGGAAACGCAGAAGGCAGCCGCCAAGAGCAGCAUGACCCGGAUGACGGCGGGGGUGGAGGAAGCGCUUGUGGCCCUGUGCGUUGGAGCAUGGGUCAACUGGCUGGAGGACUACAGAAAGAACAAGGCCUUCGAAGACGCGGUGAAGCUUUCGGAGCAGAAGGUCAAGGAGUACAUGACACGAAAGACGGACAACGCCCGCGAGAUGCUGAUGCGGAUGCAGAAUGAGAGUGAGCAAGGCCUCCUGGCGCAAGUCUUCGAUUGCUGGACGGAGGAGUACCAGGCGGAGCGCAGGAGUAAGGAGUUGGAAGCAGAAGUCGUCGCUCAGAAGGAACACUUGGACAGUAUCACCAACAGGCGCAAGGAGGUGGCCAUGAGCAGGGCAAAGCGAACCUGCACCAUCGAAGAGGACAUCACCAAGAUGCACAUCUUCAUGAAUUGGUACACCGAGGUCCGAACGGAACACGUGCGACGCCACUAUGUGGGCAAGAUGGAUACCAAGGAGCAGAAGUUCGAAGCGGUGCAAACCAUGAUCAAGAGCUUCGCCAGCCAGCUGGAGCAGGGCAUAGGCAACUCACCCAGAGCGCGCCGGACAGGACCAUAG